CAAUGGGGUUGGAUUACUACAAUAUAUUAAAAGUAAACCGGAAUGCCACGGACGAGGACCUGAAGAAGUCUUACAGGAGAUUGGCCAUGAAAUGGCAUCCCGACAAGAACCCUACCAACAAGGCAGAAGCUGAGGCCAAAUUCAAACAACUCUCUGAAGCUUAUGAAGUAAGUCAAUUUCUUCCUUAUGUCUCUUUUGAUUGUGGUACCCUCCUCCCUCUCCCAGUCGGUGUUUCUCGUGUUAAUUAUAAUUACUGGGCUUCCUUUCAUCCAUUUACGGGUGAAGAAGGAUUGAAAGACAUGCCACCGCCUGGCAGCAGUGGGUUCUCUGAUGGGUUUAACCCGCGGAAUGCAGAAGAUAUUUUUGCUGAAUUUUUUGGGAGCAGCCCUUUCGAAUAUACACCAAAGAGUGGUGUUAGGAACACAAAGUUUCAGUCCGAGGGAGGAGGAACAUUUGCAGGAUUUGGUGGGAAUGAAAAUAUGUUCCGAACCUAUAGUUGUAAUGGAGCUGGUGCUAACUGGCCAAAAAAGCCUCCACCGAUAGAGAGUAAAUUGCCUUGCACCCUUGAGGAACUGUACAAUGGAUCUACAAGAAAAAUGAAGAUAUCUAGGACAGUAGUUGAUUUCAAUGGGCAGGCACUGCCUGAAUCAGAAAUACUAACCAUUGAUGUGAAACCCGGGUGGAAAAAGGGCACGAAGAUCACAUUCCCCGACAAAGGGAAUGUGCAGCCAAACCAGCUACCUGCAGACCUCGUUUUUGUGAUUGAUGAGAAGCCCCACAGCAUUUUCACUCGAGACAGCAACGACCUCAUGAUGAACCACACAGUGUCCUUGGCGGAGGCCAUGGGAGGGAUCACUGUGAACCUCAAAACCCUGGAUGGCCGUAGCUUGUCAAUUCCUGUCACUGACAUAGUCAGCCCUGGUUAUGAGUUGGUAGUUGAAAAAGAGGGGAUGCCAAUUGCAAAGGAGUCUGGCAACAGAGGAGAUUUGAGGAUCAAGUUUGACGUCAAGUUUCCAACAAAAUUGACAUCAGACCAACGAGCAAGGCUGAGGCGGGCUCUAGCCAGU